AGGGAAGGUGCUUUGGGGGAGAGAAGAAAAGAAAAUAGGAUCUGACGAAGUCUUUGGAGUAUGAACAGACUCACAUUUGCGGUUUUCCUGUUGGCACUGGGCUUUCUUCUCUGCGAAAGUGGUAACCCAUGUUGCUCAGAGCCAUGCCAGAACAGGGGUGUUUGCACAGCCCUAGGGUCAGAUAAUUAUGAGUGUGACUGCACACGCACAGGCUAUUACGGACAGAACUGCACAACACCUGAAUUUUUCACCUGGCUCAAAUUGUCACUGAAACCAUCACCCAACACCGUUCACUACCUUCUCACUCACUUUAAGGGCUUCUGGAACAUCAUCAACAACAUCUCAUUUCUCAGGGAUGCCAUCAUGAGAUAUGUGCUGACAUCCCGAUCCCACCUGAUUGAUAGCCCUCCAACUUUUAAUGCUGAUUAUGGUUACAAAAGCUGGGAAGCCUACUCCAACCUUUCCUACUAUACGCGCACCCUCCCCCCAGUGCCGGAGGAUUGCCCAACCCCAAUGGGAGUAGCAGGUAAAAAGGAGCUGCCUGAUGUUAAAGUUUUGGCUGAGAAGCUCCUAAUGAGGAGACAGUUUAUUCCAGACCCGCAGGGCACCAGCCUGAUGUUUGCAUUCUUCGCACAACACUUCACUCAUCAAUUCUUCAAAUCUGAUAUGAAGAAAGGACCUGCUUUCACCAAGGCUACAGGUCACGGGGUGGACCUCAACCACAUUUAUGGAGACAACCUGGAGAAGCAAUACAAGCUCAGGCUCUUCAAAGACGGCAAACUUAAAUAUCAGAUCCGGGAUGGAGAAAUAUACCCACCGACAGUAAAGGAUGUCGGUGUCGAAAUGCACUACCCUCCUCAUGUGCCAGAGUCUCAACGCUUCGCUGUCGGCCACGAGGCAUUCGGCCUGGUUCCUGGUCUGAUGAUGUACGCCACCAUCUGGCUCCGCGAACACAACCGGGUGUGUGACGUGCUGAAGGAGGUUCACCCCGACUGGGACGACGAAAGGCUCUUCCAGACCACAAGGCUCAUCCUGAUUGGUGAGACCAUCAAGAUUGUGAUUGAGGACUAUGUGCAGCACCUGAGUGGCUAUCACUUCAAGCUCAAGUUUGACCCCGAGUUGCUCUUCAACCAGCGCUUCCAGUACCAGAACCGCAUUGCAUCUGAGUUUAACACCCUGUACCACUGGCACCCACUGAUGCCCGACAGUUUCCACAUUGAGGAGACAGAUUACAGCUACAAACAGUUUGUCUUCAACACCUCUGUAGUGACUGAGCAUGGCAUCGGCAACCUGGUGGAGUCAUUUAGCAAGCAGAUUGCAGGACGGGUUGCUGGUGGUCGUAAUGUCCCAGGAGCUAUCAUGUAUGUGGUCAUUAAGUCCAUAGAGGGCAGCAGGAAAAUGCGUUACCAGUCUCUCAACGCCUACAGGAAGCGAUUCUCCAUGAAGCCCUACAACUCCUUUGAAGACCUGACGGGUGACAAAGAAAUGGCGGCAGUGCUGGAGGAGCUGUACGGCCACAUCGACGCCAUGGAGCUCUACCCGGGCUUGCUGGUGGAGAAACCCAGGGCCAACGCCAUCUUUGGAGAGACAAUGGUGGAGAUGGGGGCCCCUUUCUCUCUCAAGGGCUUAAUGGGAAACGCCAUCUGCUCUCCAGAGUACUGGAAACCCAGCACCUUCGGAGGCACCGUGGGCUUCAACAUCAUCAACACCGCCUCCCUGCAGAAGCUUGUCUGCAAUAAUGUGCGCGGGCCCUGUCCCGUAGCGUCCUUUCAUGUGCCUGACGUUAAAGAGACAGGGUCCAUGAUCAUCAACUCAAGCACGUCGCACUCUGGCGGCAGUGACAUCAACCCCACAGUCAUUUUGAAAGAAAGGACUACUGAGCUCUAAUUUUAAAUGAUUUUUAUUAGGACUUAUUUAUUUUUAUUUAUUUAUUUUUGUAUUUAUUGCCUUUUCUAUUUAUAGAUAAUCAUGAGAAUUUGCAAGAUGCAAUUAUUUUUUUACAUGUUUUGUACAAGUUUGCUGCCAGGAAACAAACUGUUUAUUUAUUGAAAAAUUCGUUGUAUUGUAAGUUAUUGUAACAGUAAGAACCUCUGUCACUGCAACUUGAUACUUGAAGGUUAGUUUACACUUGCGUAGUAGCGUACAUUACACUCCUUAUUUCUCCUCAAAGUAAAUGCUGCCUAUCCUUUUGUGCUCAUGUAGUUGUGUGACACAACACUGAUCUGCAGAGUUGUGCAGACAGCGAUACACAGUAUAGUAAUAACACUCAUAGUAAACUAAGUGACUGAUCUUGACUGUCUAGAUCUGAUUUACCAUAAAGUGCCUUCCUAUUUCAUUGUUUUCUUACUGAUUCCUUCCUACUUUAGUCUGUACGUUGGUUACGGCAAUUUGAAAUGAGAAUAACUUUGUAUAAGCUGCGCUGUUGUUUAGAAAUGCAUAGAAAUGGUGUCACUCGAUUGUAUCAGCGUGAACUAGCAAAGGUGUUGCCAGUUAUGCUCUCAGUGCCUUUUGACUUGCAAAUUUGACAUCAAUAAAUUUUGGCAAGAAAACGUA